AUGAAUCUGUUUCCUAGACUUGUUGCGCUUGAUAUGGAUAAACAGUGUCUUGUUAGCGAGCGACGUGAUGGCUCCGGAUGGCUGUGGAAAUGGCGAAGACCUUUAAAGUAUUCUAGAGAAUGUGACCAGGUUAAUCAACUUAUUAGUAGACUUCCAAGUGGGAUUGUUAGUGAGGAACGGGAUAAGUGGCUUUGGAAUUCACAUGGCAAGAAUAAAUUCUUUGUUGCCCAAGUUCGUAAAUCGAUCGAUCAUCAUUGCCUCCCGAUUGAUGUUAAUAUGAAAACUAAUUGGAACUCCUUAGUCCCAAAGAAAGUCAACAUUUUUAUCUGGAGAAUGAGACGAAACUGCAUCCCCACGAAUGUGAACCUUUUUGCUAGAGGUGUUGACGUGAAUACCUUAGAUGCCAACACUACCCUUUGGUAG